AGCAGAAUGAACCUGAGAUAAAAACCAUUCUGGGAUGAGUCAUAUCUUAUUUCUAUUUUUCCUCUACAUCGUUCCUACUGCUAUCUCACUUUCAAUUAACGAUUUCAUCUCUAACACACCCGAAUCCUGGGCCGGAGAGAAUGUUGCUAUUGUUAUUCCUGGCCUAACCUCAUCGGAUCCCGCAUGUCACAGAAUCACGGUAGAAUACAACGCUAGUCACGUGACAGUUCACUCGGAGUGUUCUGAGAUACCGGGCACUCUCUACUCUGUGCGGGAGAAUGAGGUGACGAGAGUGUACUCUUCUCCAGUUAUAAGGUUGGACUCACUGGAUAAAGAUCUAGUGUUAACAACAGGAACAGCACCUGAUCCUAAUGUUCACUACGUGACUAAAGUGGUUACAGACUCCGGAACAACGCUCCUAACGGAGGACGUUUCUGUGCAGAGGAUCGAAAAUGGUAUACAAAUCAGUGUCAGUGAUACCCUAAGAAGAGAUUCUAAAAGCCUGCAAGUGAUUGGCUACAAGAAUACUCCGCAUUUUCUGAAGCGGCACGAAGAUUGUCCAUGCUUGGUUAUCGAUUUAAAAGGUGAUGGACCUUGUUCGGUAAAAUCUAGCUAUCCAACGGAGAUCAGAAAUAAGAGACAGAGCUCGCAGCGUCUUCAGUUCGAUCAGAAUCCAUACGAGGAUUCUUAUCCUGAAGAUAUGCCCAGUGGAGCUCACAUUAUGGUUGUAUCUGCUUCUUACAGCGAGGACUACACGAGAACUGUUACUUAUUCUCUUAUCAGAAACUCAUUCGGAAGCAGCAGGUUUGAGAUAAACCCCUCAACCGGCACUAUUAACCUGGUAUCAACACUAAACUACGAGGAGAGCAGAGUGAUACGUAUCUCAGUAUUAGCUGAGAGUGAUAGUUACGAGCGAGCUGUUACUGAGGUAAUACUGAAUGUUGAGGAUGCGAAUGACGAAUACCCAACUUUUGUACGAGACGAAUAUUUAAUUAGCGUUCUGGACAGGACCCCUAUAGGUUCGGAUAUAGGAACAGUACUCGCUGUAGAUGCAGACUCGGGGAUAUUCGGACAAAUAUCUUACAGUGUUGUUGAGGGUGGUGAUAGCAACAAUUUCAAUGUGGAUGAUGAUUCGGGGGAGAUCGCCAUCACCAACAGUCUUCACGAAAAGGCGGCUUACUCCUUCGUAAUAGAAGCGCAUGACAGAGGAACCCAGCCUCUAGCAUCAAACGUCACAGUGACGGUGUUUGUUCAAAACACCACUAUACCGGGGGCAGCUCCCCCUAGAUUUGUUCAGAGGAGUUACAGUGCUAGGAUCGCUGAACUGGGGCGAUCCGGCAGACAAGUAAUCAAAGUAAAAGCACUCCCCUACUCUCCUCUUCAAUACUCUAUCAUCCAGGGUUCUACUCCCGCCCAGAACAGUCCCAGAUGUUUCGAUAUUGAUCCAACCUCUGGAUCAGGUGAUCCCAAUAGAUACUGUAUGUUGGACUACGACGGUGACACGCCAGUUUACCACCUCCUAAUUAAAGUACGGACAACCCAACUUCCAUCUUACGAGGACUACGCAGAGGUUAUGGUAGCCCUGGACGACGUUAACGACAAUGUGCCGGUUUUCAGUCAGACCAAAUACGAAGCUUCGGUGCUAGAAAACGUCCCGUCCGGAAGCUACAUAACGACUGUGACUGCUACGGACCAAGAUUCCGGAGUAAACGGGGAAAUAACCUACAGCUUUGGUAGUGGUGAUAGAGACGGCUUCCGGAUCGAUAGUGUGUUAGGACACAUUUAUUCCGGCAGUCCGCUAGAUCGGGAGAAAAAGAGCUCUUAUUUGUUUUUCGUGGUAGCGACGGACAAGGGAGCAGUCCCCCAAUACUCAGGGACUAGAGUCGAGGUGAGCGUGUUGGAUGUAAACGACUGUAAGCCAGUGUUCCGUAGUCCGGUUAUGGAGGUGUAUGUGGGUGAGGAUGCUAGAGUUGGGGACCUGGUCACUACUCUAACUAGUCUCGAUCAAGACGAGGAUCAAAACGCUGCUGUCUCUUACGCUUUUAUCAGCGGUGACACAACAGAGUUUACUUUGGACCCUGGCACCGGAAUAGUCCGUGUUAACACUGAACUUGAUUACGAAACUCAACAAGAAUACCGUAUCAGAGUACAAGCUACUGAUGGCAAGUUUUUUGACGAAGCAGAGUUGGUGAUAAAACUGGAAGAUGUUAACGAUCACACGCCCCAGUUUGGUAAUACCGAGUAUCCUAUUACUAUCAGAGAAGAUAUCAAGCCGGGAACAGAUCUCGUUCAAAUCACUGCAACCGAUGGAGAUACAGGCUCGGACCAAGCAAUCAGAUACAAGAUAAUAUACCCGGAUAUUACUGAUGAUGUCCCCUUCAGUAUCGACCCAAUAGAGGGCUGGUUUUCCGUCAGUUCGUCCUUGAACCGUGAAGAAACUGAUAGUUACGAUAUACAAGUAUCUGCUACUGAUAAGGGAGGAUUAGCCGCUUUCGUUCAGGUCAUAAUAACAGUACAAGAUAUAAACGACAACGCCCCGAUCUGUCUACCUCCCGUUUCCGGUUCAGUUCCAGAGAACUCAGUAGAAGGUACCUCCGUUCUUACAGUUAAUGCUACUGAUUAUGAUACGGAGGAAAACGCUCAGCUGUCUUUCAGGCUGCUAUCACAUCAGGAAAUAUUCACAAUAAACUCCACAACUGGAGAGAUAACGGUCCUAGCCCCAGUUGACAGGGAAGAGACCCCUGAAGUGACCCUGGUAGUUGAAGUCAGUGACAGUGGCAGGAACGUACAGCUCGCUUCAGAGUGCACUUAUAUUAUCAAGGUAGAAGAUGAGAACGACAACUCUCCAGUAUUCACACAGCUAGCGUACAGUGUAGACCUGUCAGAAUUAGUGGAAACUGGAACUGUUUUCUUCAGGCUUGAAUGUGAAGAUGAGGAUUCUGGAGUGAAUGGAGAACUAGAUUACACAAUAUCUGGAGGAAACUUACCACCUGUAUUCGAUAUCAACUCUAGAACUGGUGAGUUGGUGGUGAUAGGAGGACUAGACUACAAGGUGAAUCCUGAGUACAUGCUGCAGAUAAGCGUUACUGACAGAGCACCGCCCUAUCACGAGACCUCAGCUAAGGUCCAGGUGAAACUGAUUGACGCUAAUGAUAACCCUCCAGUGUUUGAUGAAGAGAGCUAUACCACAGAUAUUCCAGAAAAUUACACUCCAGGUACGACUAUCCUUACCAUCUCCGCGACAGACGACGACUCCAACCAGACUCUGACCUUCGCCCUGGAAGACACAUUCGAAGACACCUUCAGAAUGGACAACCAGGGGGACGUGGUCCUGAUGAAGAGUUUAGACAGAGAGGGGCGGGGAGAGUUCCUUCUUACUGUGAUGGUAUCAGAUGACGGAGAUCCAAUCCUCUCCUCAACCACUACACUUACUCUCACUGUAACGGAUGUUAAUGACAAUCUUCCUGAACUAAUGCUAACUGAAUUCUCCCUCAGCACUUCUGUUGACACUGCACCAGGGACGGAUCUACUAACGUUGCCUAUCAGAGAUCUAGACGGACCUGGAAAUGGUGCUCCCUUCACAGCGGUCAUAAUGUCCGGAGUUGGCAAGGAAGCUUUCGGAAUUGAAAAUAAUGUCCUAAAGGUCCUGAAGCCGAAGACGCUGACCCCUGGUACAGAUUACACCCUGACGAUCCAGGUGUCCGACUCGGGGACCCCUCCACUAACCUCCUCAGCUGAUGUUGUUAUCUCCGUUCUAACAACCAACAACUACCCACCAAUAGCAACCCCCGUCCAAGUUAACCUCCCUCUCUUCGACAGCGGAGUAACCUGCCAAACUGUUCUGGAAUAUUCCGCCCAGGACAGUGACCCGGGCACGACCCUUGUCUACUCCCUCUCAGAACCUGACUCUGAAUUCUGGAUGUUUCCUAACGGAACGCUGAUGACGUCACAACAACCCACCAUAGGAACACACAGACUCACAGUUUACAUCAGUGAUGGUAAACACAGAGAGAUAUCAACUAUUACGGUGCAGGUUUACUCGUUAAACUCCCCGGCAGCCGCUAAUCCGCUCACAGUGCGGUUAGAUGCGGUUAAUGAGCGGUCCUUCAAUCAGGAGCUCUUUGUUUCUAUCUUAGGGGAGAUCCUUAGAACGAGCCCUAGCGAGGUGAUCGUGCUGAGCGCUGAAGACAAAUCCAGGAAGCGAUCAGCACAACAAACUCUGGAGGUUACCCUGAUAGCUAGAUCAGCUGACGGAGAGUACAUGUCUGUUGAUGAUAUGAAGAGGCUGCUGUCACGUGAUCAGACACUCUUCCAGGAUAGUACCGGAUACAUACUGGAUACAAUAGAUCUGGACCCUUGUCUCCGGGAGCCUUGUCCCAUGUCCUCCACCUGUACUUCUCGCACAUCCUAUACUCUGGUAAACGACCGGAUCACUUCCACCACCACACCACAGUGUAAAUGUGCUGACGGAUUAAAGGGCAGUCGGUGUGAUGUCAAGGUACCAUGUUUCACAAGCCCCUGCAACACAGGGACAUGCCACGUGGUAGAGGAAUCUGAGAAAUGUGAAUGUAAUGAGAACUGGAGCGGGGCACGCUGUGAUAUACCCAUCAGACAUUGUCUCAGUCACCCCUGUCUCAAUAGUGGUUCCUGCAGAGACGAGAUUGUCGGGUACACAUGCACGUGUCAGAACGGUUAUAAAGGACAGAACUGUGAGGUUGUAAUCCUUGCUGAGGACCUUUGCGCACGUGCAUCUUGCAGCAGACACUCCACGUGCACCUCCGGCCGUGAUGACGUCACGUGCACAUGCACGGACGGGUGGGCCGGUAGAUUCUGCACGUACGUUAGUGAGAGUCUAACGGAUCCCUGCGCAAGCAAUCCUUGUGAACACGGUGGGAAAUGUGUAGCUGCAUCCAGUGAUGAGUUCAGUUGUGAGUGCUCACCAGGGUUUAGAGGCAGUAACUGUGAGGAGAAUAUUAACGAAUGUUCUGGAAUUUCUUGUCUUCACGGGGGAACCUGUAUAGAUGGGAUUGAUGGUCAUGUUUGUGAGUGUAAAGACGGUUACAGUGGCAAGAAUUGCCAACACACGGCGCAACCAUGUGACUCAAACCCCUGUCAAAACGGUGGUUUCUGCUACAACUUAUCCGGGGAGUAUUUGUGCCACUGCGCGCCAGGUUACGUCGGUGAAACGUGCGAUAUCCCCCUUGUCUCCCCGGGUUACUGCGACGCCUCCCCGUGCACGGAGCACGCGGAUUAUUGCACGUCUGGUCUCCUUGGUUACACGUGCACGUGCUCUCUAACAUGGCGCGGUAAGAACUGCGAGAUAUCCGACCGCAGUGCGAGUGAUUGUGAUCUGAACCCUUGCAUUAACGGUGGAACUUGCGUCUCUCAGUCCCAAGCCGGAAGUUACCUUCCUUACACGUGCCAAUGUGAACCAGGCUUCCGCGGGUUCAACUGUGAGGAAAACAUCAACGAAUGCACACCGGACAUCUGCCUCAACGGAGGCACGUGCACAGACCGCACAAACACAUACGAGUGUCUCUGUCAGUCGGGAUUCAGCGGUAGAAACUGUCAGGUCACUGAAGAUCCCUGUCUCUCACUCCCUUGUAGAAAUAGCGGGAAAUGUUACAGUCUGGAAGAUUCUUAUGUUUGUCAGUGCAGGUCCUCCUUCUCCGGGAGGAACUGUGAGGAGAGGCUGAGUUACUGUCCGGAAAACCACUGUAGGAAUGGUGGAAUGUGCGGUGUUAGGAGUGAUGGUAGUUUGGAUUGUUCUUGCAAGGCGGACUAUCAUGGGGAGUACUGUCAGUACAGGUACCAUUACUGUACCCCUGACACCUGCCUAAACGGGGGCAGCUGUGUAGAGGGGGUAGGAGGGUACAGAUGUCAGUGUCCUGUCGGGUACCAGGGUCCAGAGUGCCAGCUGGUAGAGGUCGGGGUUUUGGAGGGCGGUCACGUGGCUGUCCCUUCUCCUUCUCUCAAAUACAGCACUAUUUCCUUUAAGAUCAGGACCAGGUCCAGUGAUGGUCUCCUCAUGUACGCUGGGAGGUACGGUGGAGGUAGAGACUAUCUAAUAGUGCAACUAGUAAACGAGAAUAUAGUUGUGAGAUUCAGUGUAGGGAGUGACCAACAAGCUCGACUCGUCCUCAACAAAAGCGUCUCGACAGAAAAACAGGUAGCAGUACUUGUUGAUGAGUGCCAUGAUAGAGUGAAAUCUUCCUGUUCUGCUUCCGCAACUGUUUCAGGAGCGUAUUAUUCUCUAGACACGAACACCCCACUUUACCUGGGUGGAGUUGACUACAGUUACUCCUUCCUUCCUGCCUCUACCUACCAUGGCUGUAUCAAGGAUCUCUACAUUGGGGACAAGCUGGUAGAUUUCUCCAACACUGUACCCUCUUCACGUCACUAUGUUGGUUGUAUGGAACAAGAUUGUAAAACUAGCUGCUCCGGACAGAAGGUCUGCACAAUGCACGGCGGAGUUGUGACAUGUCAAUGUCCCUGGGGUAAAACCGGGGACUGUUCCGCCACCUCCCCCUCCAUCACCCUCUCUGAAGGAAUCCCCCUCACUCUCUCCCUCACUUCCAACCUCUUCCUCAACUCAGCAACCCUCAUGAUAUCAAUCCAGUUCCGGACCAGAAUUCCGGAUUGUUUACUCUACGUGUUCGGAUCAGCCGGAGAUGGUCAGGAUUACCUGAUUGUUGGAUUGACGGAAGGACAGCCCACAGUUACACUUAACACAGGAACAACCACUCAGUUAACCAUGUACGGAACUAAAGUUAAUGAUGGUGUGUGGCACACUGUGUUGUUUAAUAAGGUUCUGGACCAAAUCCAGCUACAGUUAGACGAGCUACACUCUGCUGUUAACCGGACCAGGGACGGACACACUCAAUUCCGGACCAGUUCCCGGACUGUUCUGAGUGUAGGUGGAGUGUCCGGCGGAGUCAGCGUUAAAGAGAGGGUCAGGUCCGGAGUUAUUGGAUGUGUCAGGGACGUAAGAGUUGGUAAUAGUGAGGUUGAUAUAUUUGAUCUGAGGGUAGGAGGGGACGUGAAGUUAGGCUGUGAAGUGCCGCCCACGUGCGUUCACUCCACGUGCCCGGCUACACACAGGUGCCAGGAUAUUUGGGGCGACUAUCAGUGCGAUUGUCCGGACGGAUUUUCUGGUCCAACUUGCGACUGUACUGCUGGCUACACUGGGAACCAAUGUCAGUAUGAAAUUAACGAAUGUGAACCUGACCCUUGCGUUCACUCCCUCUCUUGCACUGAUAAGCUCAAUGGGUAUUCUUGCGAGUGUAAGCCAGGCUACGCGGGCAUGAACUGUGACGUAGAUAUAAACGAAUGUGCGGACUUACCCUGCACAAACGAUGGCACGUGUGUCGAUCUCGUCAAUGGAUUCGAGUGUCGGUGUAAUUCAAUCAGGUAUACGGGAACAACAUGUGAGAUAGACAGGACACCCUGUAAAGACAAUCCUUGUUUACACCAGGGAACUUGUACGGAGUACGGGGAAGGAAAGUUUGGUUGUACAUGCACUUCUAGUUGGGGAGGCGAUCUCUGUCAGCUCCCCAGAUCAUGUGACUUUGAUCCGUGUGUCCACGGCAAGUGUAAAGGUCCAGCAAAGGGAGACUCGUACGUGAAGUGUGAUUGUAAUAAGAUCUGGACCGGACCAACUUGUGAGGAGAUAGAUUGCAGCACGUGCAACAACGGGAAUUGUUGGGACGGAGUUUGCACGUGCUACACCGGUUUCUCCGGGCCCACGUGCGAGGAAGAAGAACAGGAAAUACGCUCAGUAUCAGCUCCAAUACAAACAUGGGUCAUCGUUCUGGUGGCUGUUCUUGGUGUCUUACUUUUCAUUGUCAUCCUCCUCAUAGUCCUGUGCAGGAAGAAAUGCUACCCGGAAACCAAAUACCGGGAGAUCCCACCUCAAGGGGGCGGGACCCCUCUACACCCCUACUAUCAACAACCAGUACAAUCCCCACACUUUUACCCAGACAAACUUCAGACUUAUAACAAUAACAUGUUUCAAUAUAGACAAUAUCCGGGCCAUGGUCCGGUUACACCGACCCCAGGAAAUAUGGUGCAGAUGAGCGAACUAUCCCAGUUAUCAACAGCCACUUUAGAUAACGAGAUCAAGCUGUGAUAAGAUAAGAUAAGAUAAGAUAAGAUUAGAGAGAUUAUAUUAUUGAGCAAGUGCAGUGAGCGUUUAGGUAAGGUCUAAAAACGGCCUAUAUUCGUCCGAGGAGUGGCAGCAAAGUGCUGCAUUUUCGGCCAUGACAGCUAUAUCUAUCGCAUCUAAGAAAUAUUUCUUUACUAGCAUUUUAAUGAUGAUUAUGAUAAGAGCUAAAUUUACUUGAUAUAUAUGUGGCUGAAGAUAAAUUGUUUAUAAAUUUAAUGUAGUGUUUACCAAAAGAUAUAUUAGUUGUAUAAACAGUUUGACAUUUGAUAAAAAUAUAUUAUCUGAAGAAUAAAGUAUCUAGAAAUGCGUGUAAUUUCAUUAUUGAGGAUAUCCCGACAGUUUCUCACAUAGAAGGUAAUUUCAAUUUGUCUAAUUAAAAAAUAAUGAUUCAUCAUGAACUUAUGAUUGAGUCAGCUUUGUGAAAUUUCAUUUUAUUUGUAAACUGAAUUCAAUAAAAUUUUAAAAUUUUAUUGAAAAUUCCUUGAUAUGUAUUUAGUCGGUAUAUUAUCUUCAAGUGUGCUAAAUAAUGUGCAGUGUUAUUAACCGCCGUAUAUUUGACUGGAGAUUUAUUUAUUAGAGCUGCUUUUAAUAGGUACUCAUUAUUCAUGCAGAUUUAUAAAACUAGAGAAUUUACUAGAAAUUUUUAAGCGUUUGAUACCCAAAUGAUUUUAACGGUAGUAUGAAAUGUGCUUUAUUAUUUUUAUCUCACUUUUUUCAGAAUGUUUUCUAAAUAAAAUUAGGGUCUUCGAUGAGCAUGCACACAUUUUAAUUUCAGUGACCACCCAGCUAGUGACCAAUCGAAUAAAAAUCCCGUGCACGGUAAAGGAUGUGAUAUAAUAUUUUUGCAUUUUGCAUGAAUUUCAGACAUAGGUUACUUUCACUUUCAGUUUGCAGUUUGGGUUCCCGUUACUUCUACACUAAUCCUAAAUCAAAGGCCACAUUAAAUAUUGAAUUUUUAGUUUAACUUUAAGUUUUAUAUUGUGUUUAACUUUUAUUAUUGAUAAACGGAUAUCAGCUAUCAGCUAUGUGAAAUAAGUUUAUUCCGAAAUUGCUUGAAAUAUUUAUAAGAAUACUUUGUACU